AUGGCACCCACAGGCCCCAUCACAACACCGCUCACCACUCGGCUGGGCAUCAAGCACCCAGUCAUCCUCGCGGGCAUGGCGCACGUCGCUGGCGGCAAGCUAGCGGCGGCCGUGUCCAACGCCGGCGGUCUCGGUGUCAUUGGCGGUAUCAUGUACUCGCCGAACCAGCUGCGCGAGAUCAUCGCCGAGAUGAAAUCGCUACUCAAGAGCCCUGAUCUGCCGUGGGGCAUCGAUCUGGCGCUGCCCAAGAUUGGCGACGGCGCGCGCAAGACCAACCACGACUACACCAACGGCAAGCUUGACGAGCUCAUCGACCUGACGAUCGAGAGCGGCGCCCAUGUCUUUGUGUCUGCCAUCGGCACACCCCCGAAAUACGUAAUCGACCGCCUACAUAAGGCCAACAUUAUCGUCAUGAACAUGGUCGGACACCCCAAGCAUGCUAAGAAGGCGCUAGACCUCGGCGUCGACAUCGUGAUCCCACAGGGCAGCGAGGGUGGCGGCCACGCCAGCAGCAUCGCGACCUCGAUUCUGAUCCCUGCCGUUGUUGACAUUGCCAAGAACUACCGCCCACCGCUUCUGCGUGGCCAGACCGCGAUGGUGGUAGCCGCUGGCGGCAUCUCUAACGGCCGCGGGCUCGCGGCGUCGCUCGUCAACGGCGCGGUUGGCGUCUGGGUCGGCACGCGCUUCGUUGCGUCCGUCGAGGGCAACACGAGCGACGAGCACAAGAAAGAGGUGGUCAGCUGCACCUACGAUCAGACGGAGCCGACACUCGUCAUCUCGGGCCGCCCGCUGCGUCUCAAGGUCAAUGAUUACAUCCAGGAUUGGCACAAGCGGCCCGAAGAGAUCAGGGCGCUGUGCGACAAGGGUGUUGUGCCGUUUGAACACGAUCUGGACGAGGGUCGCGAUUUCGAUUUUCCUCACAUCAUGGGCCAGGUUGCCGGCUCCAUCAACUCGGUCGAGCCCGCCGCCAAAAUUGUUGACGACAUGGUCAAGGAGGCUGUGCAAGUGCUCCAGAUCGGCAACUCGUAUCUAUCCAGCACAAGCCGACUCUGA